GAGUAGUUGUUUAUUAAUGUACCUUCCAUGUUGGCAAUUUUACAAGAAAAGCAUAAUGCAUUUGUUCACCUUUCAAUAUUUUCAUUAAAAUAUAUAGAAUUACCAGAUAAAUGUUUUCUCAUUACUGUAAAUCUACAGCAGGUGUUAUUGUCUCAGUUCCACCUCCUGUCUCUGGGCCACCACAAGUUGCACCAACCGCGGUUGCUACGAUUGAAAAACUAAAAGAAGAAAACAGACUACUGAAAGAAGAACGAGACUUUCUUUGCGAGCAAUUGAAAUCUUCCCUCGAUAAGAGACAACUAGGAACAAAUAGAAUGAUGCAAAAGGAGGCUUCUUCUGAGUCGGAAUCUGCAGACAGCUCAACAUUCUCAGAUACAUCAGAUUCAUCUGACAAGCCUCCAAAAAGAAAACACAAGAGAAAGCACAAAGUCAGAGGGGGAAAAGAUGCCUACAUUCGAAGAGGCAAGUGUAUAAUAGUUCAAACACCUGAUGAUGUUUUGCACUGCUACAAGGCCAUUCUGAAGCUCUUCCUGCGGACUAGGAGUGUUUCUCACAGCUGCAAACAACACAGUGUUGAUCGCAAUACCAUAGCUCUUACAGCCAUCAUUGCAGAGCUGCAGAUCAUUGCUACUCCUGAACUGCACAUCCCAGAAUUCCAGGGUGAAACUCUGCAGAAAUAUGCAAAAAAGUGCAAGGACUACCUAGAUACAAAACCAGAAGUCAUGAGUAAAAUCACUGAAAUGAAACAUAAUCGUGAACUCCUACCAAUUAAAGUACAAAUUUAGAAAAGAAAAGUAACUGGCUCAGAAAUACAAGAUGUUGAAUUCAGUACACAAGUAGUAUUUCUACAGUGUUCACCAUGUAGAAAAGUAAUCUUAGUUUUCACGUUAAGGCUGUUUAAUGAUAUAAAGUGUGAAUGUUCCUCCCACUUUAUGUUAGGACCAGGGUUGGGGAGUAACGAAAUACAUGUAACGACGUUACUUAUUUAAAAUACAAAAUUUGAGUAACUGUAUUUCGUUACAGUUACAUUUUAAAUAGAUGGUAAUCAAAUUACAGUUACAUUCAAAAAGUAUUUUAGAUUACCAAAGUGAUUACUUUGAAUUUUAAUGUCAUUUAUUUCAUUUAAUAUGCUAUUAACGUAAGCUGUUUGAGGAUUUUUAACCAACGAGCCAAUGUUGAUGAUUCUCCGAC